GCCGCGCUCUGCCCUGUGGUUAUAAGCUGCGGCCGAGCUGGCCUGGUGCUGCCAUGCUGCCGGCGCGAGGAGCCAUGGCCAACUUCCGUCUGGCGCUAAUCCAACAUCAUGUAUCUGCUGUCAAAUCAGAUAAUCUGAAUAAAGCAUGUGGACUGGUAAAACAAGCAGCAGCACAAGGAGCAAAAAUUGUGGCUCUACCUGAAUGCUUUAACUCUCCCUAUGGUACUAAAUAUUUUCCUGAAUAUGCAGAGAAAAUCCCUGGAGAAUCUACACAGAAGCUCUCAGAAGUUGCUAAGGAGUGUGGCAUCUAUCUCAUUGGAGGAUCCAUUCCGGAAAAGGAUGCUGGAAAGUUGUAUAACACAUGUACUGUGUUUGGACCUGAUGGCACUAUGCUGGCUAAACACAGAAAGAUUCAUUUAUUUGAUAUUAAUGUUCCUGGAAAAAUCCGGUUCCAAGAGUCAGAAACUCUGAGCCCAGGGGACAGUUUCUCGGUGUUUGAUACUCCAUACUGUAAAGUGGGACUGGGGAUCUGCUAUGACAUCCGAUUUGCUGAGCUUGCUCAAAUCUACACACAGAAAGGUUGCCAGCUGUUAGUGUAUCCAGGGGCUUUUAAUAUGACAACUGGACCAGCCCACUGGGAACUGCUGCAAAGAGGACGAGCUGUUGAUAACCAAGUCUACGUGGCUACUGCAUCUCCUGCUAGAGACGAGAGAGCAUCUUACAUUGCCUGGGGACAUAGCACUGUAGUAAACCCCUGGGGAGAGGUCAUAGCUAAAGCUGGCACUGAAGAGACCAUUAUCUACACAGAUAUAGACCUGACAAAACUAGCAGAAAUCCGCCAGCAAAUCCCCCUUCAUGCUCAAAAGCGCAUAGAUCUUUACAGCAUAGAGGCAAAGAAAGAGUGAGACUUCAAUACAGCGCCAUGAUCUGCAAAACUCGGCUCCAGAGCAGCUCUUUUGAGAACUGCUUGUAUCUCCAGAGACAGUAAAACAAUGAUCGACACAAACUACAGCUGAUCUUGCAUCCCGAACUGUAUAAUUAAGCCAAAAAGCCUGUGCUUCAAUGAACCCUAAGUGAAGAUGAAUAUAAGUGGCUUCUAUCGCCUUUAGCUGUUUCAUAGCACUUUACACAGCAAUCAGUUAUCUGCUGGGGCAGAGACUAGAGCCAGACUCCCAGCUCAGCAGUUUUGCCUGAAGCUUACACUGUAUUGGAUAGGAGCGAGUCCUGUUGUGGUCUAGAGAUAGGAGUAUGGCUUGCACUGCCACAUUGAGAUUACUAAUGCUAUAUUUUCUAUAUGUAAUGAUAUACAGUAAAAGGUGUUUCUACAGUACCCCUCUCUAUCCUAUCUAAGCAUGAAAUCAAUUAGUUUCUUCUUCCUUUUUGCCUUCUGCAUCCCAGCUUGUGCAUAGAGGAUGCAUUCCUACUCCCAUGUGCUGCUCCUCACGGUUCUCUAGCACUUUCCUCUGUCUUCCUGCCUCACAUUUCCAUUGCAAUCAAUCCUUCACAGGAGUGGGAGUUGGGAGAAGGCUGCCAUGUUACGCAGAAGCCUUGCAGCUGUGUUCAGCAUCGGUACCUUCUGAAUUAAUUUUUAUACUGUUCUUUAUAUUAAACACACUCUUUUUCUUAGUCUGGGGUUUAUGCAAGUUAUAACCUACUGGUGGUGCUGCAGCAGCAUCCUUUUGAUAUGCUAUAAGAGAAUCCAGUUGAGACUGUCACUUAACAUUGCUAACGGAAUAUCUUACACUGUACAAAUAAAGCUUAACAUGCAAA